AUGGCCAUGUUACUAAUAUACAGGAUUCAACAAAUGGUGCUCAGAACCAUCAAGUUCCUUUGCGAUGACAAAUUGAUCUCUCAAAAAGACCUCCAGAAGUUCACGCAUUUGAAUCAGCCCGCGGAUAAAUUAGAUGAAAUGCGUGAGGCAAUUCGCUUGAUUCCGCUGUAUAGAAGCUCAACCCUAGUCAUGCUUCUGGAUUCUCGAUUCGCCUGA